AUGUCGGGUACGAUUCUGGAGAAUUUGAGCGGUCGCAAGCUGUCCAUAUUGGUGAGCAGUCUAUUGCUUUGUCAAGUGGCCUGCUUCCUGCUGGGUGGUCUCUAUGCUCCCCUCCCUGCUGGUCAUCAAACUGUGCUUGGCACCAAGUGUCGUGAUGAUCCCAGUCGCCAAAACGACACCAGCUUUUUUGUGUAUUCACGUGGCGCCGGUGCCUGUAAUCCGGUGCAGCUAGACGAGAUUGAAGAUGAUCCACUGAAGAUGGCCAAUCAAUUGGUGUAUGUUUUUCAAAUGCCGCUACCACGCAAUAAUCGUGUACUGGAUUAUAGCCGGUGGCAACAGAAUCUCAUUGGAGUGCUGCAGGUGGACAUUGCAUAUGCUUCGUCUUCGGAGCUAAGUGAACCGCCCAAGGAUCUGCAGUUGACCAUUGAGGCGCGACUCGCCUAUCGCAACAACGACGAUGGUGACAAGGAUUGGCAGCUGUAUGCAAACAGCGUAGAACAUCGCUAUCUCGACUGUCAUCCAACGCAUAAACACGCCAAGGAGACCCUCUACAAUUGCGACAUCAUUCCACUGUUUGAGCUGGGCGCACUGCAUCACAGCUUCUAUUUGCUGAACCUGCGCUUCCCCAUGGACUCGCCCAAGCAAAUUAACAUGCAAGUGGGACACAUGCAUGAUCUCACCUUGACAGCCAUCUAUCAGAAUGGUGGCUUCACUCAAGUCUGGCUGCUACUCAAGACGCUGCUUCCCUUCGUCGUGGGCAUUAUGAUCUGGUUCUGGCGUCGCGUUCACAUCCUGCAACGUUCUCCUGCCCUCUUGGAAUACAUGCUGCUCUAUUUGGGUGGUGCUUUGAGCUUCCUCAAUCUGCCACUCGAGUAUCUGACGCUGGGCGUGGAAAUGCCAUAUAUGCUGCUGCUGAGCGAUGUGCGACAAGGCAUAUUUUACGCCAUGCUUCUCUCCUUCUGGCUUGUGUUUGCCGGCGAGCAUAUGCUCAUCCAGGAUUCGCCCAACAAGUCCACCAUACGCUCACGCUACUGGAAACAUCUGUCGGCCGUUGUUGUCGGUUGCAUUUCGCUGUUUGUGUUUGACAUUUGCGAACGGGGAGUCCAACUGCGCAAUCCCUUCUACUCCAUUUGGACAACGCCGCUGGGCGCCAAGGUUGCCAUGAGUUUCAUUGUGCUGGCUGGUGUUUCGGCUGCCGUCUACUUUCUCUUUCUCUGCUUCAUGGUGUGGAAAGUGUUCAAGGACAUUGGCGAUAAACGUACUUCAUUGCCAUCCAUGUCCCAGGCGCGUCGUUUGCAUUACGAGGGUCUCAUCUAUCGCUUCAAAUUCCUUAUGCUGGCCACUUUGCUGUGCGCUGGUUUGACCGUCGCCGGCUUCAUCAUGGGCCAAAUGGCCGAAGGACACUGGCAAUGGAACGAAGAAAUCGAAAUUCAGCUAACGUCCGCUUUUCUCACCGGCGUCUAUGGCAUGUGGAACAUCUACAUCUUUGCCCUGCUCAUCUUGUAUGCGCCCAGUCACAAGCAAUGGCCCACGAUGCAAGCUCCACGAUGA